GCGGGCCAUUUCUUCGCAGCCGGCUGCCGUCGAGCAUGGUGGCUGUAUGGACAGUCUGGCCGAGCAGCGGUUGACAGCGCCCGGCCUGCCCGCCCCGCCGCACCUGGAGCACUACAGCGUCUUGCACUGCACCAUGACCCUGGACGUCCAGACGGUGGUGGUCUUCUCCGUCAUCGUGCUGCUGCUGCUGGUCAACGUGAUCCUCAUGUUCUUCCUGGGCACUCGCUGAAGCCAGCCGGCCAGCCAGGGGCUCCUCCGCUCCCCCCGGCAUCAGCCGCCCCCGUCCCCUGACUCCGGCCGCCCCGAGAGCCGGCCCGCCGCCCGCCCGCC